UUAAUUUUUCUUCAUUGUCGGUUUCCAUUACUUUCUUGAUCCGAAGAUGAGCCAGCAGGAACAGCCGGAACCCAUAAAAUACGGCGACAUUCUUCCUGUCUCCGGCGAACUGGCGUCCAAACCGGUAGCAAUGAAAGAUGCCGCUGCCUUGCAGUCCGCAGAGAGCAGAGUUGUGGGCGAGACGACUCAGGAGGUCGGCGCCGCUGCUAUAAUUCCGUUAUUGCAUUCCGCCGCCGCACUCAAUGAGAGCCGCGGCGCCGUGGAACGCGACCAGAUGACGGAUGUCGUCAGGGAGCGCGGCGUCGAGGUUAGGGAAGAAGUGGGCGCCGGCGGCGCCGCCAUUGUUACCCAAAAAGUCGGCGGAGAGGUUGUGGCACAAUAUGCCCAUCCAGGGAAGGGGAAGAGCAACACGGCACCAGACUUAUCAUCGCCUUGUUAG